GGGGGUGCAUACGCCUAGGGAGGGGUGUACCGUCUUAGUCCUACUGCGGUACCUACGGUAUUGUAUCUAACCUACGGGUACCUACGGUAUGGUUGAGCAAUAAACGAUUUGUCACAUGCCCAUGCUGUUUUACAUAAAUUUGUCCGUGAUAUAAAGAUCAAACUACAGUAGCCGCAUGGCACCGGUUAAGAGUGGUCCCCAGAAGCACAAUGAUGAUCCACUCAUCUGGGACCUCACGUUGUUUGCAAGGCGCACGCUUAAGCAGGCGGUACGUACAGAGCGACUUGGAAGUACACGGGGGCGACAGCCUCGCGGGCUCAGGGUGAACCUAGGAGGCCCGAGGACGGAGAAGCACAUGCCCUUCGUGCCCAAACCGUUACCUCGGGACAUCCUCUUAAUGAGCCAAGACUCACUCUCGCUUAGAUAUGAGAAAGGCACGAGUCGCGCGAGCCAAGCAAGUACUCUCAAUAUUCCUACAGAAACAGCAAAGCUACCAGCGCUAAGCCCCAGGCCUAAUGAGUGUAAGAUCCUCAGAGAUACGAGGCCAUUAUUGGAGGGGACGUCAUCAUCCGCACCUAAAAGUACUGUGCAGCCGGCCUCAGUCCAGAAGACAAUUGAGGAAUUGAAGGCUUCGCCAUUCAAUGGUAUUGCUGGUGGACAAGCGCCCAGGCUACCCCUGCCCAGCCUUGCAUCUCCGCAUAACCUGUGCGAACUUAAGGGUAAAAAUGCGAAUAUCGAGAAGACUGGGCCGACAAUAUGGUCUGUUGAGGACUUGAAUAGCAAAUAUAGAAACAAGCUUCUGCGUAAGAGCGCUCACCACGUCUCACUCAAGGUGCAAGAGCUUCAGUCAGAGCUGGUGAAAGAGGAGUCAUUGAUUAGCGUUGUAGGGCUCACGAGACAUCCGCUGCUUGCCCUAUGUGAUCAGCACACAGAGACGGCAAACUUACUUUGCAUAGGACGAGGCCGUGCACGUUGCGUGGCAAGGCGAUUUGUAUUGGAGGUUCAUCAAAUCUGGCUGACAAAUCUUGACCACCUCGAAGCCUCAAAUCGCGGUGCUAUCCCGCGACACCGCCGAAUAGACAUUGAUGCUAUUCUUGGCGUGAAGUCACAGGUUCAAUCAGUUGCCAGCAAAAACUCUUGGCGUCUCCUGACAUCACAAAGCCCUGCAUCAGCAUUUCUCAUCUCGACGCCCAGCUUGCUUUCUCUGCCGACGACAAAAAAUGCCCUCCUCUUUGAGCAAGGUCUGGAAACCGUCACUAUUUUAUCAUGUGAACACCUUAUGCGUGGUGGUGUUGUUUACUUGGCGUCACUCAUGCGAGAAUUCUGGCCAGGGUACAUGAUACCAGCCAAGUGGCGAUUCUCGUUUUACGACCCACUCACGGGCGUGAAAACGUCAGCUGUGACAUAUGAGGGUGCUGAAACAUUUAGGAAUUCCGCUGUGCCGCUUGCACCAUUGAUACUUGCACCAGGCUUGGCUCGUCCCCCAUCGGUAGAACAUAAUUUAGUUUACACGCAGGGUUGCCUAAUUCAGGGAGCAAAAUGUGGAUCUGUUGCAGCCGCCAUCUGUCAAGUUUUUGUUUGUAGCCCCCGCGCGGACGACCGUAACCGCAUUGUUUUCUUUGAUUUUGUGCUAUUACCAUGCAAUAAGAUACUCGCUCCGUGGCAGAUUCAACUUGAUGCGCUUGAUAUAGUUGGGCAGCUUGGCCUCUCACACGCGCCGUGCACGGUGGCUGAGUGGUGGUGCCAGCAAGGACAGGCCGGACUCUAUGCGUCACUGCUUGCCCAGUUUGUCUGGAAGGCCGAUGCACUGCAGCUGCAAACACCUCGGGGGGAGUCCUCAUUAGCGUGGGGCUUUGACUUCAAGUUGGUUGCAACUCGUGCCGCUGAGUACCUCGGUAUCUUGACUGUAGAAUCGCCGCAGUCUGGUCAUCAGCAUAUUGCUUGUUUGGAGUUAGAAGGAGAAUCUUACGAUGAGGAUGUACGCGCUAUCAACAACCAAAGUGAUGUUUUAAAUCAGGGUGUACUUGCUGAGGGAGGUAAUCCGCAGCAACUUAAGCAAAGACCCGUAGCUUCUCUAUCGCUCUCCGUCUCCGGCGCGUGGGAUCGUGCUUUUCAAGUGCCUGGAACGACAGGCGUCGGCACUUCUAGGCGCAACGUUACGAUCCACGAUCUCACUUUGCGGACCCAGAUUCUACAGAAUUGCGAUGAUGAUCUACUCACAGAUGGCCCUGAGACGAUUGCGAGCCUGUACCGCGCUAACAUGAGACUCCUUGAUAGUGUCAUUAUCAAUGUUGCGCAGGCGUUAGAAUGUAUUAUUUUCUCCCCAAGUCACAUAUCCUGGGAUAACGUAAACUUGAACCCGCCAGACGUAUUCAGUUUUACCCACACGAUUUGCAUUCCAGUUGUGCAGAAAACCCAUCUCUGUCAUGGUUGCUAUGCAUUCCUGUCACCAGCCACAUGCAUCGUCAGUCGAUGUAUUUUUGUGCUUACAACCAACACAGUUUCAGCUGGCUGUGGUAUUGGCUCCAAAGUGGCCCCCAUUGAAAAUAUUCCCGAGAGUGAUGAGCGUGGGUUCCGUGUCGUGGUUUCAUGCGCCCUGAUUUCCCCGGCUCGGGACCUGAAUAUCCAUUUUUUUUCACUGACGCGGGACGUUGCAACUCCCAACAAGGGUGCGCUGACCGACCGAGCUAAUCGACACUCAACAGAAAUUUGCAUAUUGAUCCUCAGCCGCAUCCGCGUCGUCGAUGACUAUAUCCACAUACUCCACAAAAAGUCCCAUCAGGGAGCCAAUGACCCAGGCUUCUACAGCAUCCAUCUGCAACAUGCCGGGUUCAGUGCACUGAGCCGUAGUGACUUAGCAACAUCAAAAGAAGUAAUUUCCAUAGAACAGGAGCACAAUUUGCUUAAGGAGAAACGACGCCGCCUUGAGGAUAAGCUUUCAAAGGGCAGAAAGUUUCUUGCGGGUAGGGAACAAUCAAGUCCACGCCCCCAAAACACACAGGCUGCCAUGUGCGAGGAUAAGAGCCUUGAGGUGGUAGGAAAUAACAUCAACCCGAACACUGUAGAUGGCAAACUCGCCAAAUCCAAGGAAAGUAUGAUCACAUCAAGAGCUGUCGUGGACCUGCUGGCAACAAAGCUAGGUAUUUCACAGUUCCAUGUCUCGCAAAGCGUGGGGGUUAGAAAGUUUGCACUAAGUUCCGACGAGGAAAAUGCAUUUAGCCCCUCGUCGAAGAUGACAGAACCUCUAAACCGACGGCCCGCGCGACCCGAUCUGCCGCCGCUGUUACCUGGGCAAUCGAUGAAUUCCACUGUGACUAAGGGUCCACUCGCGUGGCGACGUAUACAUCGCCACUCAAAGGCAAAGUUAACCAUGAAAUCGUCGUUUUUGGAAUCACGCAUCCAGGGCGCCAUUGACUCUAUUGUAAACACAGCGCCUCAGCCCGCAAUUGUGGGCAUGGUCCAUCCAGCCACUGGAACUAAACACAUUGUCCCUGCCUUUUUAACAAUUCAUGAUGAUUGCAUAUUGAUUACAGAAAUUCUUGAGGCAACAGUUCAAUCUCUUGAGCACAAGAAAGGACUCAAGGCCGACACCGAACUAUCUGCCAAGGAACGUCUUCUUGCACAGUCGGACAAAGGUACGUCGUCGAUUGCCGAUCAGAUUUCUGAGCUUGAGACUGUGGCCUUCAUUCGUUGCAAGCUUGGACAUGCCGAUGGCGUUGAGGAAUGCCUUGACCAGGAAGUUGCGAUAGAAAACCGAGAUGAGCACGGAAACACACUCUUGAUAAUUUCAGCACAGCAAAAUGACAAAAAAAUGCUCAAACUGCUCCUUCGUCGUGGUGCCGAUAUCAACGCCCAAAACUCAACAGGAAAUACUGCGCUUCACUAUACGAAUGAGUACAAAUUUACUGCGCUCACAGAAUAUAUCCUCAACAAGGGUGGAAAUGACACUCUCCUUAACAUGAAGGGGCUUACUUGCUACGAAGGUGUGAAUGGAGUGAGCUAAAGCUGUAGUUAUUUCUAUGGCACGAUUUCCUUCUUCCUGUGUCGGAGUUGGAAUGUUCAGUUUCCAUGUGCCACCAGGGGACAUUUUUCUCAGGUGUAGAAUCAACCCCUGUUAGGGCCAUCAUGAUGUAGGAUGGUUUCUUUCACGUAGGCCGGCCGGCCUAAUUAAAUUAGACUUUCACUAGCAGGAAAUGAUUUCCCGAGGGUCCCGGGCCUCUAUCCCAGGCCUGGAUGCACAAACGUAGUCAUUAAGCUUGGUGGCGUGCCAAAAGAAUCGCGCGACGCAGCACGAAUACCACUAGCGCGAUGUUUGGUCCAGGAAAAAAAAAAUCCGCCGAAUCCCAACCAUUUCGCCUCCC